AUGAGUCAAUUCAUAGAAGACAUAAGACCAGGUCGUGCCCCAAAGUCACUCAAGAAGCAGAAGAACUUGCUGAAGCUCAAUGAAACGCUUUACCACGACAAAGUGCCGAUAUCCACCCGCUUCUACCUGCAGUUGUUGAAAAAGAGCCAGUUCGUCACACAUUUCGUAGACACGGAAAAUUAUGACUACGCUUCGGAAAGCGAAAAAGCCGUGAUAUCCCCUGAUACUAAAAAGAUCCUGAAAAAGGAAAACGAAAAAAUCACGUACAACCUGCGGUCUAACGAAGCGAAAACCGAGAGAAAAGUGUUCACCGAAAAGGCACGAACUCAAAAAAAAAGUAAAAAACUAGCGAGCCAACCGCCAUGUUCGAAUCCACAGAUAACAAACGAAAUAAAAGUAAAGGCGCAGUUAAAGAUUGAUUUGAAAAAAGAACCCUUAGCGCCAAUCAUCGAGGAAAUAAAGAACAGAGAGCCGUUGAAACCCGUCAACAAGGGCUCUGAGAUUGAUAAAAUCGCGGAGAAACUGAAAAGCUUGGUGAAGAACAAUGCGGAUGAGAAACUUCAUAAGGAACUGCUGGUCUGCAAGGAGUCGUUCGACAAGGAUGUGGCGCCGAUGGACUUUGGCGACAAAGAAGUGACCAGUGAAUUCCUCAAGGGUAAGUGCGUGAAAAAAUGGGAGCGUCGCGCGCGGCCCAGCCACCUGUGCUCGUACUGCGGGAAGGGCUUCGAUCGGCCCUGGGUGCUGAAGGGCCACAUGCGCCUGCACACCGGCGAGCGCCCCUUCCUGUGCCCGCAGCCGCACUGCGGACGGACCUUCGCUGACCGGUCUAACCUGCGCGCACACCAGCGCACCCGCGGCCACCACUCGUGGCGCUGGCGCUGCAGCCAGUGCGGGAAGGCUUUCAGCCAGAACCGCUACCUGGAGCGACACCGCGCUGACGCUUGCCGCAAGUACAAGAUGCAUACAAGAAACAACGUCCCCAGCGAUUCAAACGGUGUCGAGACAUUAACAGUCCCACUCUACGGAUUUAUUUGCCACAAUGCGUCUGCGAAAACUGAGAACGACCAGCUAUGGAAUGACAGCCCAAUAGAUUUGUCUAUGGGAAACAAGAGAGAUAUCUCAGGGUCCAUUACAACUGGAGAUAAAGUUGGAACAAAUUAA